AUGGGAACCAAUAAAGAGAGAAUUGAACAUCUGGAGGCUGGACUUGGUGAAGUUCAAGAGGGGCUACACCGGAUGGAGCUGGGCAUGGCGGAUCGAUUGCGACACGUUGAAGAGACUCUUAACCGUCUCUCUGAUGUGCUCCUUGCCAACCAAGAACCUCCAAACCAGGGUAAUCCAAACCGUGAAGGUCACAAUGGGGGACAACUUGUGGUAUCCUCCAAAACGGCAAAAUUAGAAUUUCCUCGAUUUUCAGGAGAUGAUCCAAAGGAGUGGGUCAACCGUGUGAACCAGUUCUUCGAGUUCCAAAACACUCCCGACAACCAAAAGGUUACAUUAGCAUCUUACCAUUUGGAAGGAGAAGCCAACCAGUGGUGGCAAUGGAUUCGCAGGACGUUUCAAGAGGAAGGUCGAAUUCUUUCAUGGAUUGAUUUUGAAGAGGAACUAUGGGCGCGCUUUGGGCCAUCGGACUGCGAGGACUUUGACGAGGCUUUGUCCCGAAUUCGGCAGACGGGUUCCCUGCGUGAUUACCAACGGGAAUUCGAGCAAUUAGGCAACCGGGUCAAAGGUUGGACACAGAAGGCUCUGGUGGGCACCUUCAUGGGUGGUUUGAAGACAGAAGUUUCAGAUGGAAUCCGUAUGUUUAAACCACAGACUUUGAAAGAUGCUAUCCGUUUCGCAAGGAUGAGAGAUGAUCAACUAAUGAGACAAAGGAGGUUCUUACGACUUGCACCACCAUUACGAGCUCCCCCAGCUCUUCCACCAGCGAAUCAGGCAGCACCUAUCGCUCCAGUGCGACGACUGAGUUGGGAGGAAAUGCAGCGACGACGUCUCCAAGGUUUAUGUUUCAAUUGUAAUGAACGUUUUACUACAGGUCAUAAAUGUCAAGGCCCACGGAUACUCCUGCUGGAAAGUUGUGAGGAUGACGACAACUUGGUGUGCGACGAUGUCACCGACGAACAAACAAUUAAAGAAAACCACAAAGGUGCGCCAGAACCAGAAAUUACACUGCAUGCAUUAACGGGAUGGACAGCUCCCAAAACCAUGCGAAUCGCUGCCAAAAUUCGCAACCACGAGGUUAUCGUAUUAAUCGAUAGCGGAUCAACUCACAACUUCAUUAGUGAGCAUAUGGCCAAUCUGCUGCGUCUUCCAGUGAUACCUACGGAAAGCUUCACGGUCCGAGUCGCCAAUGGAGAAAAGCUUAAAUGCCAAGGGAGGUUUGAGGAGACCAAGAAGUUGGUGGGCAUCGACGGGCAAAAUAUUCAAGCAGCAUCAAUUGAAGAGCUAACCAAGGGAAUUCGUCCUAGCCAUGCUCUGUUCGCAGUGUGCCUCCACGUUGCCCAUACAGAACUGCAACAGAACAUUCAUCCAAGCUUCCGUGAGUUAUUGCAGGAGUUCUCAGACUUGUUCAUUGAACCUUCGAGCUUACCACCCACAAGAGAGGUUGAGCACAGCAUCACCCUCAAGGAAGGGAUCGAACCAAUUAAUGUGCGGCCUUACAGAUAUGCACAUUAUCAAAAAAACGAGAUUGAAAAACAAGUCCAAGACAUGCUGCAAGUCGGGCUUGUGCGAACCAGCACUAGCCCCUUCUCCUCACCCGUAUUACUGGUGAAGAAGAAAGACGGAAACUGGCGAUUCUGCACUGAUUAUCGCGCGCUCAACACCGCAACCAUUAAAGACCGAUUUUCGAUUCCAACAGUGGACGAUAUGUUGGAUGAACUCUACGGGGCUUCUUAUUUUACCAAGCUCGAUCUGCGGGCAGGAUACCAUCAAGUCUGA